AUGUCUGAUUCCAACCCACUAUCAAUUCUAAAAGGAGAAAUCAAUCGUCUUGGAUUUGUUUCAGGCGAAAAAAUAAGUUUACUCGCUUACUUUACCGAAAAUGUGGAAAAAAUUGCAGUUGCAGUAUCUUGUCUUGAUGAUUUUGAUAUGGAUGAAGAUAAACGUACUUAUUUGAGGUCUCUAAUCUCUCCACCUGAAAUUCAAGGAGAGCAACCCGUUGCUGAAGUUAGGAAAAAAAUCAUUGAUGCUUUUCCUGGAGGGUUGCCAUAUUUGAAACCAGAACCUUUGCUUUACACUUCUGGUGCUAAUUGGGAAUAUCAACCUCAUCCAUCUUUGAAGCAGAUCCUGCGAAGAGAGCUCAAAAAUCAUUAUGAAAAUUUCAUUUUAGAGCGUUUUGACAAAUUGAAUCUUCCAUUAUACCUCUUCCUUUCUGGAGCUGGUACCGGAAAAUCUCGAAACGCUAAUGAAUUCCACCAGACGGCAAUCACAUGUUUGUCAGCUCAAGAAGAUGAGGAGCUGUUGACCAGGAUUAAAGAAGCUUGGGUAUUCCUUGUCAGCUUUGAGAAUGGCUUCGCCUUACAAUCAGUUGAAUCCAACCCUUUUCUUGCCAUUGGUAAUCGUAUGUUAUUUCAGCUUCUCAGAGAGAAAAUGAAGUUUUAUAAAAUUAUCGAGACAUACGAGCCACCAAAUCCGUUGGAUGUUGUGACAUUGAUUGCCAAACACCAUAACCGAGACUUGAAAAACGUUACAGUCAUUUUGGUUGUUGACGGCAUGCAACAACUUAUGGAGAACAAAGAUGAUGGUUUAAAGUUGAAUUCUUCGUUUUACAAGACUUUGACAUCUGUCGCAGAUCUUGCAUUUAGUGGCAUUCUCGUGAUACCCGUUUGCACCUCAACUAUCACUGGGCCGAUUGAUGGUACGUUGAGAUAUUCAAUGCGGAAACGUAUAUACCUACCGGUCACUUCUCUACAACCCCCAAGCUAUCGAAAAGGAGAUAGUCUGGUCCCGGUCUUUAAAAAUGAUGAGAUUACUAAUGUUCUUGUGGAAGACUGUGGAGGGCAUGGAAGAGCACUAGAAGUUCUGAACGAUUGCUUGGCCGGUCGUAACGUUGAAGAAUGCAACGUCAAUACUUUGAUGAACGAUUUGCGUUCUAAACUUACUGAAAAAUACCGUGAUGCUAUUCUUAAUUCUGUGGAAGAUGCCAGGCCCAUUGCACGAGCAAUAUUGACUCGACGUAUCUUAAAUAGAUAUAAGCCGGUUCCUAAAGCUAACAGAACACCAGAUGAAUUUGCUGGGGGUGGGUUAAUUCGAUUCGAACAAAUAGAAAAUAGUCCAAAGGGAUACCUCACUGCACCAUACAUCUGGCUCUGGAUAUUUGUAGAGAUAUCUCAACAGCUAGGCGAUCCAAUACUUCGAGAUUGGGAAUUCACUGAUUAUGGGGAGCAAAGAGCACUCUUGAAUCCAGUAACAUCAUUACAAGCGAAGUCAUGGCAGAGUUUUGAAAAAUUUGUCGCAUCAUUUCGUUGUAUAAAGUCAGCUGUGAUUGAAGAAGAUGAGCUAAUAACGAUCUCAGAUGUUCACGCGGGAGCACGUUUGAAUGGUGAUAUCCAAUUUAAAAACCACAAUCUACGACUUGAAAUUGCAAAACAUCAUACAGACACAAAAUCUAAAAGUCUCACUGCAAGCGAAUGGAAUGUUGAUUGCUAUCAGCCGGGUACCAAGAGUCCGAACGAAAUCCACCAAUUUAAAUUGCGGAAAAAAGCAGUCAGUAAAAAGGAGUACCAAGAAGAUCGUGAAAAAUCUGCAUCGGAAAAUGAUUUUUUCAUCCUUUUUACAACUGCAAAUUGUAAUAUUGAAAUUCCGAAAAGGUCUGGAAUCGUAGAUAGAAAUGCUUUUACGAACUAUUUUGGACCAUUUGCUGGAAGAGCGCACAGAUCUAUCCGUAAUAAUAAAGUUAAAAACAUCCAUACCGUUUCUCUUGGGCAAAUAUGCAACAUGAAUCAAACUAGCAAAGAACGAGUGAAUGCAAAAACAAAGAUACCAAUGAAGAAUUUUUAUUUCCGAAAAGGACUUCACAUGAUUUCUCGCAUUUUGCCUCGAUUCAUGUGA